UAAGAUUUACAAAGUUUAAUAGUUUUUUAGAAAAUUUUCAAAUAUGGCUUUUCAAGAUGGAGGUUCUAUUGGUUAUGGUAGCGAUGACAGUCUUCAGGAUUUAGCAGACAGGUCGUCUCCUAUUCUAAAGCAAUCGAAAAUUUUUGACAAUCGAGGAAUUCAUCUGGAAAAGAUUCAGUUUUAUGGGUUUGACAUGGACUACACCCUCUGCGAGUAUAUCUCCCCGGAGUUUGAUAUCCUGGCGUUCAACCUGGCGAAGGAGUUCCUCGUCUCCUCCUUCUCCUACCCCCAGGAGAUCCUGAAGCUGGAGUACAACCCGGAGUUCCCCUGCAGGGGUCUAUGGUUCGACAAGGAGCACGGAAACCUUCUAAAGGUUGACCAGUUUGGUCGUAUUCUGAUGUGCUGUCAUGGGUUCAGGCUAUUAGAGGGAGAAGAACUUAGGAAAUUGUACCCGCAUAAGAUCCAGAGAAAAGAAGAGAAAAGGAUUUAUAUAAUGAACACUUUAUUUAAUAUUGCCGAAACCCAUCUUCUUGCCAGCAUUGUACAUUAUAUGGAUAACAGGGAAGAUGCAAUGGUUACCACAGAAGGUUGGUUGUUGGGAUCAGAGAAGAAAUUAAAAACAUUUAAACAAAUGUUUGAGGAUGUUCGCGGCUCAAUUGAUUAUCUACAUGAUGAGAAACUACUGAAGCAAAAAACGGUUGAAAACCUGGAAAAAUAUAUUAAAAAAGAUGAACGAUUGAUUGGAGUACUUACAAGGAUCAGAGAGAGCGGAAGAAAAACCUUUUUACUAACAAACAGUGAUUGGUGGUAUACCAAUCAUAUCAUGACUUUUCUUCUUCAAAACAAUUCAAAUGAAAAAGAGAGUUGGUUGGACUACUUUGACCUGACUAUUGUUGAUGCUUGUAAACCAACCUUCUUCAACAAGGGAACUAAUUUCAAGAUGGUGGACACGUGUACAGGUGAAAAGGUUGAUCUGAACAGUAAGCCUGUACAUGAAAGACCUGUAGUGUACAGUGGGGGAGAUCACCAUACAGUAUCUAAUCUACUAGGAGCAGAUGGUCCUGAUGUAAUGUACUGCGGAGAUCAUCUUCACGCUGAUGUUGUUAAAUGUCGUAAACUAAGUGAAUGGAGAACACUGCUCAUAGUUCCAGAACUAGAAUAUGAGAUGUCUGUUGGUCUGGAACAAGGAGAACUGAUGAAUCAGCUGCAGAACCUGGAGAGAAUAUGUGGUCAGGUUGAACCAGAGGAUCAGGACGGGUUCAGAAGAAGGAUCAAGGACGGAGUAAAAAAAAUGGAUAGAAGCUUUGCUAAAACUGGUUCUAUAUUCAGAGCUGGUACACGAUUAUCAUACUUUGGAAGUAAUGUACUAGCCUGGGCAGAUCUAUAUACAGGAAGUGUGUGUAAUCUAUACAGCUAUAGUCUCCAACAUAGGUUCAUAGGCACACAGAUACUUCUCCCUCAUGAACUACAAUAAUGUUAUUAAAUAAUUGUUCCUCAUGAAUUACAAUAAUAUUAUUAAAUACUU